AUGUCAGAUUACGAAGACAAUGCGUUUAACGACGCAGCAGAGAACGCCGUUGAUUUCGAGGAGGCAAACUACUACGACGACGACGAUUACGAAGAGCCCAUAAAUGGAGGAGAAGCACCGGCAAAAGCCGAAGAUGGCAGGGUGAUAAUCAACGGAGGCUUGGGCCCAGACGACGCAGCAAGAGGCGAGGCACAGCACCAACCUCGCAAAAAGUCGGCUAGAGAACUAGCGAUACCCAAGGAGAAAAGAACCACGACUCCCUACAUGACCAAAUACGAACGCGCUAGGAUCUUGGGCACGAGAGCAUUGCAGAUCUCGUUGAAUGCGCCGGUCUUGGUUGACAUUGAAGGUGAAACAGACCCGUUGCAGAUAGCGAUGAAGGAGCUUGCACAGAGAAAGAUUCCCUUGGUUAUAAGAAGAUAUUUACCCGAUGGAUCCUAUGAAGAUUGGGGGUGUGACGAGUUGAUUGUCGACCAUUAA